AAAAAGUUUCACGAAAUGGACAUUUGUUCUAACAUGUGCGUUAAAAAGGGCACUGAAUCCUUAUAAGCCUUAAUUGUAUAUGAGCUGGCAAAUAUUACAUUAAUUCCAGACGCGACGCCUUUCAAAAAAGAGUGGGGUACAAGGGCGUCGUGAUGACACAAUCUAUCAGAUCAGCGAGCGGAAGUGAGAGGCCAUUGACUCAUACUUCAGAAGAAUAAAAGGUCGAAAACAUACUUACCAAUCUCAAUUGAAGCAAGUGAACUGCCCAAACCAGACUCCGACCUCUUCCGCCAAUUCGACGUCGCACACCUCUCGGACCCAUCGCCUCAUGAGGAAGCCUUGCAGAAUAACCUCAGCGUCUUCAAUCCAACUCAGAUUCCAUUUGCAAGUCACAAUGACAUCUACUGUGACUGCUCUCAAGAGCCGAACAUGGACUCGAGAUGAUUAUCUCAUAACGACCAACUCAUCACUCAUCUCUGUCUCCGACGUCAACGCCGCAUUCGCAACCAAAGAGAUGUACUGGGCAACUCCCCUUCCCGGAGAAGUCAUUCGUGCCUUCCUAGCCAACAAUCUCUCUUUCGGCGUCUAUUCCCUCCCAUCUGCUUCCACCACUGAAGAAACCUCAAAUGGGACGAAUAUGACCUCCCUCCCUCCAAACGCAACAUUCAUCGGAUUCGGCCGCCUCAUGACGGACUUCGUAACCAUGGCAUAUCUCACAGAUGUGUUUAUCCAGCCUGCACAUCAAGGAAAGGGACUCGGUCGCUGGAUGCUGUCGUGUAUUCAAGAGAGUCUGGAGUCGAUGCCGUAUCUGAGGGGUAGUAUGUUGUACACUGGUGAUUGGAAGAGGAGCGUUCCACUGUAUGAGGAGAUGCUGGGGAUGAGUGUGCUUGAGGGUAAGAGGGGUGAAGAUGGCGGAGGGGAAGGUUUGGCUAGUAUGUUGAAGACGUGGAAGGGCAGCCCGCUGCAUGAAGAUAAUGGAGGCGAGAUUCCGAAUGACCAUUGAGGAGGUGGCUUGGUCGGAGGCUCGCUGUUCUCGAGGAUAUCAAGGUUCCAAAAUGCACUCAUUUUCGGUAAGGAGCAAGGCAAACGACGGAAGGCCCCCAUUUUCUACUAUUACAUACUGUACACUAUCAUACACGAUUAAGAUAUUCGCAGAUUC